AUGUCGAAGGAUAUCGUUUGCACCAUUGAUUAUCCAGGGGGAGAUAAAAAGUUUAGAGUGUACCUGGAUAGCCAAAAAACACCAUUAGAUCUAAUGAGGGAGUUCUAACCUCAAAUAGUAUAGAACUAGAAUAAGAUAACUUUCUAUUUUAAACAGGUCGUAUUGAAUCCGAAUGUCCCAUUUCUUGAUUAAAAUAUCAAAGAUGAGGACACUAUUCUAAUGAAUGUUGAAGCAGAAGGUGGAUGA